AUGGUCUUCACGGGUCCCAUGCAUCGUCAUGUGGCUAAGUACAAGAGCUAUCUGAACAAGAGGAAUGUAGUCAACCCAGCAAGGGGUGCCUUUCAUUACAAGGAGCCAUCCAAGUACUUUAGAAAGGUCUUUAGAAACAUGGCCUGCAGGAGAACUGUCAGAGGCAACGAGGCUGCCAACAGAAUUUUUGUGUAUGAAGGAAUACCCAAGCAGUUUGAGAAUGUAGAGAGAACAAUGGUUCCCAAGGCUCAUCGAAAGCUCACUACUGAUCCUGACAGGAAGUAUAUCUACCUUGGAGCGCUGCUAAGUCAGUUUGGGUGGCAGUACGCAGAGUUAUGUGAUCAGUUAAAGCAGGACAUCCAAGCCAGGGAAGCACAAGCAAAGGCAUUUGCCAAAGAGAAGGCCGAAAAGAUUUCAAAGGUGACAUCCAGUUCAGAUUUCAAGAAUGAGGUUCAAAGAAGAAUGGCUGAGUUUGCUUAA